AUGUAUUUAACACAAUUAGCAUCAAAUCUAUCCGUCCUCCUUUCAGUAGCUGCCCUAGCCUGUUGUGCAUUUUUCAUUCCGGCAUUAAUCGGGAAAAUUAAUAAAAUUACUGAGGACUUGGAAGCUGAAAUGGCGGAAUUUAAUAAACUUCAAUCUAGAAUAUGGGAAAAAGCUAAUUUUAUAGGUGGAGAGAAUAAAGAAAUUGGACAAAAUGGAAAUAUUGGCACUUUCCUUCUUGAGAAAAUUAGAAGACAAAGAAGACAAACAAACAAUUACUCCGGUGGGGCAAGUGGAACAACUGCUGCAGGACAGUGCUCCUGCCUGGCAGAAAAUAAGUGCCCUCCAGGCCCUCCUGGGCCGAAAGGGAAGCCUGGAAUGGAUGGGGAGGCAGGAAAACCUGGAACGCCUGGCCCAACAGGUCAGCACGGCUGUAGCCCUCCUGUUAUGAUUCAACAAGGAGAGGUGAAUUGCAGAAUGUGCCCAAACGGUCCUCCAGGCUAUCCCGGUCCUCCAGGCGAACGUGGCGAAGAUGGAAAGCCUGGUACAGACGGGGAGCCGGGCCCUAAAGGAUUGCCUGGACAUCCAGGGCCGCCUGGGCCACAAGGAAUACAUGGAGAAGCGGGAAUGCCAGGAAAAGCUGGGCCAGCAGGAAGUCCAGGGCGGAAUGGCUCUAAUGGUGGAAAGGGCGAAGUGGGGGCACCCGGUGAGGAAGUUGCAGUAAUAAAAAUAAAAUAUCAAUUAAUUUAGGUACCAAAGGGCAAAAAGGUCCUCAGGGAGUUCCCGGGCAUUCAGGCCCUGACGGAAAGCCAGGAAUGCCUGGGGCAAGAGGACCACCUGGAAAUAUGGGCGAACGACCACCCGGCACUAGUGGCGAUGGGGGAGGGCCAGGA